AUGCUAGAUUUCAUGGAGUACAUCCAGCUUGCCUUUGAUGAUGCCACAUGUUGGAACCGAAAUAACUCGUACACUGCGCUCACAGAUACUGCAAAUGCUCUUCUUGACUUCUAUAUCCCUGAACGGUUUCGCGUUCAUCUUUCGUCCCUUUCAACCCCUCAAUUCGCAACCGCCUAUACCUUGGGCACAGUAGGGCUUAUCGACGGCUCAAUAUCCUACCUCUUCAGUACUCUGCCCCUUAGUGGUACACCCAGUAGAAGCACCGUAAUUCCCUUACGGAGAUUAGUACCAGGAUAUAAGCAGAUCUAUCCUCCCUCGGCUCCUGCACCUUGGGACCCUAUUUGGGUUGGGGAUAGCACUGCAAACGUAAAAGAUGAUGGAAUAGGGGAGAAUAAACGAAAAGAAUCUCUAUUUCAUGCCACACUGCACCUACCCCCUCCUACAACCCUGAAUGGCUUAUUUCUCCGCAGGCUAUCUCCUACAACUCGAUUGUCACUGGCAAUAUGCUCUACUCAAGCAACGCAAUUGUCCAAGUCUAUUCCGCAAGCCUCGGUCCUUGGCCAGCUAUCGCACGAUACUGGAAAAUAUAGCGCUGAACUUUUAUUUAGCACCGACAAUGCUCUGUUGGGGUUUAAAGGGCUUUGGAAUUUCGGACUCGACCCUAGAAACACGGUGGACGGGAACCGCUUGAAAAGGUCGUUUCAAUCGGCUUCGCUGAUAUCUGCUGGUGGGGAGAUGUACUAUUCACCUCUUUCAUCGGUCGUUGGUAUUUCUACGGGCAUACGAUUUACCACCUUACCGCCGGCUUCAGAGGCUGUACACUCUCCCUCAUCGCCUGCGCUCCCAGCACCAUCCCCAAUAUCAACAUUCCCGUAUACCUUAACUCUUACUUUGACGCCUCUUACUGGCUCUCUUUCGACAACGUAUUCGCUUCUCGCCUCACCGAACCUAGCAUUUAGUUCUCGGUUUGGGUUUAACGUAUAUAGCUGGGAGAGUGAAAUGGUCGCUGGAUGUGAAUUAUGGAGGCGAAAAAGAAAAUCGUCUCAAAGAGAUAAUCUCGCCUGGGCCAAAAGAAAGAUGGGUUUAUUAUCUCCGCUUUAUACACCACCAGCAGCCAACAAUGUUGGUCGUGGCACUCUUAGUGUGGUCGACGAAUCUGACUCGGUCAUAAAGCUUCGAGUGGACCAAUCGUUAAAUUUUAAAGUACUCUGGGAAGGGCGAGUAAAAGACCUCCUAGUCAGCGCGGGAGUAGGACUCGGACCGUCAGCUACCUCCAUUUCACCGUCCGCUGGUAGUACUACGUACGGCUGGACCAGCGUUGGUGUAUCUGUACUAUAUUCGACAUGA